UUUCCCUCAACAGAUGGCAGUCAUUGCUUUGCAAGGAGCAAGAACCAGCUGUGGACGAGCAAACAAGUGCAGUUACAGAACAGGAGACACCCCUGUUCCAUGGAUCUAACAUGGUAGAACAGGAGAAUACACAAGCUUCUCCUGUUCUUCCUGUUUCUCAACAUCAAAAUGCAAAACUUCAGAAGGCUUUCUGUAAUGCUUGGUACAUAAAUGAUUCUGGAACAAUAGGAAAUGAGAAAUCUCCGUGUUCUUCUGCCUUUAGUAUUGAAGGUGCAGAAAAAAAUAUCAGUUUAUCACAAGAUGUUUUUCUAAAUGAAGAUUAUUCUCCUCUUACUGACUGCAGUCUGAGUGAACAACUGAUGGGUGUAACCAGUGCUGAAGGAUGGUGGCAACCAUCCUCUGAAAUGAUAUCGUCAUCUUCUGAUCCAUACUUUGAAGUUAAUAGUCCCCUCUCUUUUUGGGGUACUUGCCCAUUGGAUUUGGAAACGAUGAAAAUAGAUGAAGUGUUUCAAGUGGAUAAGGAUGAUCUUGUUCAAAGCCCAACUUUAGCUGAACUGAAUGCGAAUGAUGAAUCUUUAUUCGAUUCUUUUGAUUGUUUUGAUGGCUUCUUUUCAACAGCAAAAAAGGCAAAUCCAUUCAAAUUACCUGAUUUAAACUCUGAUUUUAAGAUUUCUGCUUUAAAUAGUGUUGAUCAGUCUAAGCGUUCUCCUAUAUUACAGAAAGGACCUGAAUUUCAUUUAAAGGAUGAGUCAUCUUUUCCAAAGGAACAAUUAAAUUUGAAUUCUGCUGAAAUUAGUUUCAAAUUGACAUCAAAAUCUAGUCUCAAUGAUGCAAAAUUACAGACUGUUCCCACUUCAGUUGAAGAAUCUAGAAAUCAAGAAAAAUUUGAUUGGCCACCAGCCAGCAAAUGCCUGAAAACUGAAUGUGAUGACGAGCCCUCAAAUAGUGAAUCUUCUACUGAACAUACUGAUAAGAACUAUGCAGAGAAAACUGAUCACUUGCAAAGUUCGUCUAAUAAUGAAACCUUAGAGAGUGAUGAUGAUUCUGAAAUUGAUGAUGAAUAUUCCAGUGAUGCAGAUGAUGAUUCAGAAGAAGAUGUUAAAGUAGCUUCUAAGCAUGCCUCUACCAGCGGUGGUAAUUUUGAAAAGAAAAGAUCACGUUACUUUUGGCAAUACAAUAUGCAGUCUAAAGGUCCAAAAGGUUCAAAGGUGAAAAUAGCUGGAAAAACAAGUAAUAUUCAUGACCCUUCAGGAAUUGCUGAUCCAGUUUUCAGUGUGAAUUGCCCAAUUGCUGGUGUAAAACACUCUGGUAAAGCAAGAAGAGGAGAUGGGAAUGAUCUUACCCCUAAUCCAAAGAAGUUGUAUAAUAUUGGACUGGAAUUAGAGAAGCUUAAUAAUCUCAUAGAUGGCUUGGUUCCUGUGAAUGAAUUGCCUGUUAAUGCUCGAACAAAAUCAAGGAAGGAAAAAAACAAAUUAGCUUCUCGUGCAUGCAGAUUGAAAAAGAAAGCUCAGCAUGAAGCAAAUAAACUUAAACUCUUUGGAUUGCAGCAGGAGCAAAAAUGUUUGCUUCUGUUUAUAAAGGAAAUCAAGAAGCUUGUGAAAAAUAAAGUGCGUCAUUUUAAGCAGUUCAAAAAUCAAUCAAUUGUGGCUUCUAUUGAGGCUCUUAAAACAAAAAAGCCUGUCACCAAAGUAGCUGGGUGUUCUGCUGAUUUCGUUAAUAAUGUUUUGAAAAUUGUAGCUUCUGGAGAUGAUAGUGGUGCCCUAAAUAUAACUCAAGUGCGUCGUGAAAAUUAAAGGAUGUUCCUGUUCAACCAAACUCACUCUUGUCUUCUAGAUAUAUUUACUUCUCCCCAGUAUUAAUCAAAUUAUUUUGAAUGAAUGUUUUCAGCUCCAGUUGUUCACUCAUAUAUGUGUACAUGCAAAUAUAUUGCCAUAUAUAUAUGUAAUGAAGCAUUUAAUUCUAAUUUCGUUGUUUUUAUUAUUCUUACUGUGAAUUCUUGUUAAUUUAUAGCUUUUAUGACAGCAUAUUGAAUUUUUGAAAUUAUUGUUAUUUCAUAGCUUUAUGACAGCAUAUUGAAUUUUGGAAAUUAUUGUUAUUUUAUAGCUUUAUGACAGCAUAUUGAAUUUUGGAAAUUAUUGUUAUUUUAUAGCUUUAUGACAGCAAAUUGUCGUUGAUUUAUAGAUAUUGAAUGUUACAAAUUAUCGUUGAUUUAUAGAUAUUGAAUGUUACAAAUUAUCGUUGAUUUAUAGAUAUUGAAUGUUACAAAUUAUCGUUGAUUUAUAGUUUUUGUCAGGUGUAAUGCUUGCAUAUUGUGAUCAAUAGGAUGUUUCUUAUUAAAUUUCUUGUAAUUUUUGCUUUGCAAAUCACAUGGACUUCCACUGAUAAACUCUACCUCUAUUUUUGAUUUAUUUCUACAAUUUGCUUACCUGUUUUGUUAUCACCGUCUUGUGGACUAGUCUUUGAUGCAAGUGCAUGCUGUAUUUUGCAAAGUAGUGAAGUCUCUUAAAUCUACAGAAGAUUGAAAUUUUUUUAUCUGUGUCGUGUACAUAUUUCUACUGUACAUCAAGGCAGAGGAUAGGUUUUUGAUGUAUAGAACAUGUUUGUUACGAUUUCGAUACGCUGUUGAUUUCCAUUUUUCUUUCUUUAAAUAAUUUAGGGAGAAUAAAUAUUAAAAUGUAUCUAAUUUGAAAACCGGUUUUUACACUUUUUCCUGUACAUAACACCAUUUGUAAAAGUUGCUAUUUGUAAAUUCUUAAACUAUAUUUUCUUUUUGUGUUAUUUGUUGAUAAGCAUGAGAAGCAUGUGAUUUCGUCGAGAUUGCAUCAGAAAUUAUUAUAAUGCCCUUUAAAGCUGAAGUUCUCGUGUACUGUUCUCCUUUGGAAAUUUCUCUUCAAUAAAGGUAAAUUCUAGUUUUUAAAGAAAAUGCAGUAGGUUUUCUCAUAUUUCCCUAUUACUGCGAUAUAUUAAAACAUGUAGCAUUGCAAUCAGUGUUGAAAAGUUGCAGUUUUUGCAUUAUUUUAAGCAAUAAAUUUUAUUUUACUAGAAUUUAUAUUUAUUCUAAGAACUGUUUUUCCCUUAAGGGUUUCUAUUUGCUUCCAUGUAAGUUUUUUAAAAUCUUUCUUCAUAAUCCACUAACAUAAAGUAUAAUUAGAGAUAAAUGGUUUCUAAUAUCCAAAAAUUAAAUUCGAAUAAUUUCUAUGUAAAUUUUUUUCAUUAAUAUAUAGGUAUUUUAGUUUAUGUGAGAUCAUUUUGUAAUAUUAAUUCAGAAAAAAAGGAGAAAGAAAAUGCAAAUUUACGAUAUUGUUUUCUAAAUAUCCAUAUAAAAAAUUAAUAGAUGCUCGAUUGUUGUCCUGUUUUGUUGUCUGGGAUCAUAUAUAGCAUUUUUUUCUUAUUUGAAUUAAAUGAUAAAUCCCAAAGCUAAUACUCAUAUAUACAGAAAUAUAUGUGUAUUGAUUUUUUUUUUUGUUUGCCAUAUCCACGUAUAUUUACAAUAUGUAUUAAAAGUUAAAUGUUUUUAUAUAUUUUUUUAUUGUCUAUAUAUGUAAUUUUAAUUUUUAUUUACGAAUGAAGUUACUCACAAUUAUUUAAGUUUAGAAAAGUGUUCAUUUUUAUUUUCUUGUAUUAUUGACAUAUAAAAGCUUUCGAAUGGGGAUAUAAUUGUUUAUUUUAUCUCUAAUUUGAGUAAUCUUUCUUUAUACCUAAAUCAAUAAACCUCAAAAAAUUGAUAGAGGAUAGUGAAACCUAUACUUCGUUAUAUCUGUAAGUGUAAAUGCAGGGAAUGAAUUUUGCAUUUUUAAAGACGAUUUUUGCUAUUUUUAGCUUUAAAGUUUCGAAAUUUCAAAUCAAAACUUAAUAUAGCAAAUAAAAUUUUUCAGUUUUAUACUUAAAAAUGGCAUUGGAAUUUGCAAGAAGUAAAGAUUUAAAAAAAAAACUAUGCCUUUUUUUUUUUCUUUUUUUUUUGCCAUAAAUUUAAUGUCAUUAAUGAAUGCUGCUCCUUAAACAAGGCUGAUGCGCUUAUAGAAUACUCUCAGAAUUUCAAAACUACAUAUCAGUUUCUUAUUGUGAAAUUUGGCUUCAAAAUAUUGUUGUUUAAGGGCGUGAAUCUGUGCUGUAAAUAUCUUAGGUCAUCAACUAAUUAAGCCUUAUGCCAAGCAAUAUUUUUUAUAUAUAAAAGAUUGUGUGAAUGCAUUUUUUUGUAAAAGAAAUGUUUUAAACUUGUUGUUGUUUGUUUUGAAAUGACUUUGUGAAAAUGGACUGGUUGGAAAUUACUAGUUAUCAACCAAUAUUAAUGUGCCUCUACUGAAUUGUAUUCAAUGUUUAUCAUAACUUCUGGGAAUCUUGCUCUUUUGUAAGCUUAAAAUGUACAAAUGGAAGUUUUCAACUAUAAUUGCUGUAAGUAGAAUAUUUUUUCCUUGUCAGUAUGAUUUCAUUUACUUCCAGAUGUGGAAGCAUGAAUACUAUCCAUGUACAUCUGGGUUUUAUAGUAAUUGUUAUCGUUUAUAUAUAUAUAUAUAUAAAUAAGGUUAUUUAUUUAUAAACUUGAAAUAAGUGGCCAAGUAAAAGUACAAUGAUGCAGUGUAAAGGACGAUUUUCUGAUACUUAUUUUUUGUUAAAUAAUUAUUUGCUAUUUAGAUAUUUGAAUAAAGAACAUUUUCAAGCAAUAUCAAAAUAUUUUGCUUUUUUAGAAAAUAUAUCAAAUUAAUACAUAAAAAAAAUAUUUGAUGUUCUUCACAUCUUUUAGAAAUUUCUUAGGAAGCUUCCGAUUCGUUUUGUUUCAAACUUUUAUGUUUCAAAAUUCUUUGUAGCUAGUUUUGCUUGUAAGUUUAUUAUUAUAGUGAAUAUCAGAUCUGAAAAAAUUUUAAUGUGUUGUCAUAUUUAAGUGUUCUGCUUUUCAAUGUAAAAUUUUUAUAUAUGUGUUUGUAAAAUAACACUUGAAUGAAAGGUCAAAUAAAUUGGUAUUUUUUAUGUUGCAUUUAUAGAGCUUUAAAAAAUUAAAGUAAGUAGAUCUUGAUUUUUUUUAGGGUUAUUGAAUUAUGUUAGAUUAGAAUUUUUACUAAGCUAUAUGUUUAUUUC